UGAAGUGGUGAAGACCGAGUAAGUUGUGUGGAUUGUUAUGAUUAAUGUUUGUGAAGUUUUUAUGGUCAAAUUGUUGAUGAAACUAGUAUUACGUAAGAUUUAACUAUUUUCCGUUCUGCCCAAUUAUUAGGAAAUCCAACAAAGGCUCCAGUCUGAUUGUUCCAGUAAGGGCACUAUAACCAGGCCAAAUUAGCCUAGUUUUUAAUAGAUAAAUCUUCUAGAUAAUUUUGUUGAAGAAUGAAGCCAAAGAAGCCAUAUGCGUGAAAAUGAAAAGUAUAUGACAGUGGCAUCUUUUAUUUUGAUUUAGAAAUUGAAUUUUUCUUUAUUAUAAUUUUAAAGUGACAAACCGAUUUUUGAAAUGGCAACCCUACUAGGGUGUUUUUUACUUUGUUCGAGAUAAUUUUUAUUCAGGAAGUAUGGUGAAUGAAAACUCAAUAGACGUUUUUAGUGACACAAAAUGUCAAGUGAGAUUGAGGAGGGUGAUGUUAUACUGAUUGCACCUCAUACAAAGAAUCAAGACGGGUCUGAAACUUUCUUAAUUCUAGAUCCAUGCCCUUCAACAGAGGAGUGUGUUAAUGAUCCUCCAGGAAUAGAGCUGAUAGAUCUAACCGCGGAGGUGAAAAAUACUGGAACUAUUGCAGUACUGUCUACAAAUAGUAAUACAGGGGAAUUGGAGAUAUCGUUUACAAAGAAAGACGACACACAUUCAGAAACAAUGGAUUCUGCACCAGAUACAGGAAUUCAGUUAAAUGGUGCAUCAACAGAACAGAGUGCCAUUGAAUCCUCAGAUGAGAUCAUUAAUGAUGAUGAUUUUUUGGAUUGUAAACUAAAAGAUGAGGAAGAAGAUGUUGAUGUUGAGGAGAUAAGUGUGACUGAUGUUCAUAAUAGGAGUGAACUGAGUUCAGUCACCUUAGAUGAUUUAGAUGAAGAUAAUCAGCAAAUAGACAAUGAACAAGAUGAUGAGCAAGAAGAGGGGACUCUCUAUAUUGAUGAUGAUAAAUAUACUGAUAUUCAAGAGGAACAGACAAAAGAACAUUCAAAACAAUCUACAGAUAAUUUAAAUGAUGCAGAUAACUUAAAUGAUGCAGAUAAUUUUAAUAAUUCAGAUCAUUUAAAUGCAGUUCAAAUUUUGCCCAAAAAAUCUAAUCUUGAAGUUGAAAAUUGUGAUAUCAUAUUUGAAAAGGAACAUUCUUCAGAAGUAUUCUUAGAUAAGCAAGAACCACUUGAACAAGUCGAAAUUGGACCGAAUUCAGAGAUACAAAUUGAAGAAGUAAGUGAACAAAAUAUGAUUGGUUAUGAAAAGUGUUUUGAUGAGAGUAUAAAUGAUGUCAGGAAAAAACCUGUUCUCCAAGAAGCACUAGUUCAUGGACAGAUAAUUAAAAUACCUUCUGAAAUAGAAUGUGAUGAAGAGAAAUUAGAUGACAGUGAGUAUGUUGAUAGCACUAACACUGCUUUAACCCUGUUGGAGCUAGCUGGUGGAACAUCUUUCAGGAACCCCAUUGAGUCUAAUCAAAUUGAACUACAGCUAAGUGAUUUAGACCAAGAUGGAGUUCCACUUUUAACUGAUUCAGUUACUGUCACUGAAUCACAGUCUGAGACACCCGUUUUAGCAACUCUUCAACCAGUACAAUUAGAUACACUGGUAGAAAAAUUAUCAUGCCCUGAACAGACUACUACGUCAGAUCUUGAUCAACCAGAGAACACUUCAUCUUGUCCCGGACAAACGCCUACAUCAGACUUUGAUCAACCAACAGACACCUCAUCUUGUCUUGAACAAGCAUCUACAUCAGAUUCCACCCAGAUGAAACCUGAACUACCACCAGGUCAUAAAAUACCGAGUAAUUUGAAAUCAACCCACGAUAUGGUCCAAUGUAUAUUGGUAAGUGGUGACACACCGAGGUUGGGAACUAAAUGUGUAAAAUCUCAUUACAAGCAUAUAACAAGCUCCAUAAUUACAAAAGAUGAAAUAGCAAAAGAGAUUAUGGAGAGAUCUUUGCAGAAGUGUCCUUAUACUUCUCAGGGUGGAGGAGAUGUAAUUUUUGCCAUGAAAUUGGCACAUAGAUUGGCCACCCGUAUUGUCUCUCCUGAAAAGACUCCUUGUGUAGAAGCGGAGAAAAGUUCUGGAGAAGAAACAACCAAUCUUUCCAAAAAAGAUGACACUUCUGUUUUGAAAGAUCCUGUGGCCAAAUCAAGUGAUGGAGUAUCAACGCCAAUGCAAAAGGUUCAGUCAACACCAACACAAAAGAAAAAUGCAAUUUCUGACAAAUAUGAAUUACUUAAAAUUCUUGAAGAUGAUCCCGAUGAUGUACCUAAUAUUGUUGAAACCCCUGUAGUUGAUAAAAAACAGAACAUUGAUGAAAGUAUAGCAUUAGAUAAAAAACCUAUCAAAAUAAAGGAUUUAAAGUCUUCUCGGUCAUCACCUUUAAUCAAACUUCAUCCGGAAUUGGAAAAAGAACUUGCCUUAAAACAAUUGGAAGGUUUCAAAAAUGAACAUGAUAAACGUAAAAAGAAAGUAGUUUUUGGUCCUAAUUAUGUUAAGAAGAUGGCUAAAACUGAACAAGAAACACCAAGAAAACAUCAUGAACACAAUAAUAAUCUUAAUUCAAGAAACCAAAGUAACAUGGGUAAGAGAAAGAGCAAUGAAGAUUCAGUAAAAUCAUUGAAAAAAGCUAAAAUGGACAGAGUAAGCAGUGAGACAGUGACAGCGGAUCCGAGUCAGAUAACUGAAAUUUUGACAGUAGAAGGUCAAGAGUUGACUGGGGAUCAGCCAAAAGAUGGAAAAUCAUUAAAACAAUAUUCUAACAAAAGAUUGUCAAGAAACGCUGAAACCCCCCCUCGAGAAGUGCCUAUGGAAGUAUUGCUAAAUGGUGUUGAUGAUUUGGAAGGUCCUGAAAACGAGAUGGAUACGUCAAAAAAUAAAAUUUUCAAGGCUACAAAUCCCAGAAAACGACAAGAAGAACUAAAGCGUAAAAGACAAAAACAUUUUGCCAACAUGUUACAAAAAAAUCAACCACUUAAGAAAAGAGGUAGGCCACCAAAGAAAAAACCUGAUAAAAAACCCAAGGAUGAGUUCUUUAAUGAAGAGUUACUUUGGAGCAAAAGACCAAGACAGAAUCUGUCUAAGAAUGAAGUAGAUAAACAACCUGACACACCUGAUUUAAAAGAAAAUGAAUCGUCUAGUAAAAUAGAGAAACCAGUAAAAACAAAAAAGAUGAGAGAAAUAGAACAGCUUCUAGGUGACGAAGGAGCCAUAAACAUGCUGUACUCUGUUGAGCAAAAGAGAACAACUGGAAGCGAACCUAAGAGAAGUAUGUUACCAUCAUAUCGAAGAAAAAAGAAGGAUUUGCAACUGAAAACAAAGCUAGUGAAGUCGGCUGUCCUCAGGUUGACAGUUAGUCCACCUCAACCAACAGGGAGAGUGUCAUUGCGAGGUCAAGCUGCGAAAGAGGAUGAAAAUGAGGAAAACAGUGAAGUUUCUUUACGGAAGAUGUCUGUAGAUUCUCGUGACUCUCAUCAAUCAAUGUCCUCCCCCCCAAAUGAACCUUUUCCGUUUCCAGCGAAAAUCGUUCCAGCAGAAGCGUCCAGAAUAAUCAGACGACAUUCCUCCAGCAGUAACUACUCCAGUCGUAGCAACAGUCCCCGAAGACUCAGUGUUGACAGUGAGAGGAUUAGUUUGGCCUCCCCGGAACGUCAGGUGACAGAAGUGGGUCAGGGUGAUGCAGUGUUGCCAAGUGCCAGCAAACAUGGUAAAUUAAUGAAACCCCAACAAACCCCCGAAGUUGUUGGUGUGAAGAGGUCUGAGAGGGUGGAAAAGUCUCUUCUAGAAAAGGGUAAAGAACUGAGCUUAACCCAAGAAACCCUUCAGGAAACGAAUAAGAAAGUUGAAAAGCAAAUUUCAAACAGUGCAAAGUGUAAGUCUAAAGGUCAAAUAAAAUUGGAUCUGAACAAUGUGAGGCUGCCGACAGGUAGACCGAGAAGGGAAUUGGUGUUACCGCCGCAGCCAUGGCUGAAGAGGAAACGUGCAGAUUUAAACUCUACUUUGGCGGCUGCUGUUGAAGGAUUUACCAAAGAAACUGACUCCAAUAACAAAAGUACCCCGAGUGGAACACCAAAGAAACUGGCAUCAAAGACUUCGGCAACCAAUUCAAAAACUAAACCUGCAAAGAUGGCAACUGAAAAAAUAUCAGUUUACAGAAAAACAACACCCACUGUUCCAACCAGGGAAUGGGGUGAGAAACCGUCCGUGGUUUACAAAGAGUUUAUGCUGAAGCGGCACAAUCACCUGGUGGAGAUCAUCAUGGCGCCCGUCUCCACAAAACUGAGAAACACCUUCAACACUAAUGUGCUCAGAGAGCUGAUUGCGGUUCUGAAGGGACUUGCCCUGGACGAGAAUUGUCGCGUAGUGCUCAUCACAUCCAACGGUGACACUUUCUGUCAAGGGGUGGACUUUCCCUCCCUCGUCCAGCCCAUUGAGAAGCGGAUGGAGGUGGCCAUGGAGUUGGCAGUGGCUGUGAAGGACUUCAUAAAAGCACUGGCGAUUUUCACCAAACCUGUCCUGGCCGGAGUGCAAGGUCCUGCAGUGGGAUUGGGCGUCACAAUGUUGCCGCUGUUUGACAUGGUGCUGUCGAGCUCACGCGCGACGUUCCACACGCCGUACGCCUCACUGGGCCAGAUACCUGAGGGUGCAGCCACACUCACGAUGCCCACCCUACUCGGCUGUGCUGCGACGAGUGAGCUGUUUUUCGCCAGCCGCAAGCUGACUGCCACAGAAGCCCUCGGUUACGGCUUGGUCACCAGGAUACUGGAAUCUGACGACUUCCACAAGGAGCUGCUGUCGGUCGUCGGUGACAUAGCCUCGCAAUCCUCGCAGGCGAUGGAUGCUACCAAAGCGUUGCUGCGCCACAACUUCAUGAGCAGCCUGGAAACCACUCUGGUGUCCGAGACCCACCUACUGAUACAACACUGGGCUAGCAACGAAUGUCAGGCCAAUUUCACGAAGUACCUGGAAGGAGACGAGAAUCCUCUCAGUCUUCAGAAACAACCAAUUUGAGGUUGGGAUUCAAUCAUAGUCUCUGUAAGAAAUCUGUACAAAAGUUAGUUGUUAUCACUUCAGUUGGUUACAGCACCUGCUGUAUGUAAUAAUGUUUUGUUUAUAGCAAAUUUUAUCACCUUUCUUAAAGUUUUUACUGUUUAUACUAAUUGUGUAAAGUUUUAUGAAUAAAGUAUAAGUUUAUUCUGUUCCUUUAUUUCGUUAAUGUACGUAGUUAGAUGUGACGUUGAGUUUAUCGUGGAGUCUAUUUUUAAUACACUUUAAAAGCUGUCCAUUUGUUGAAAAAGUAUGUUUUAGUUAUUCAUGAAAUGAAGAUGUAAAUU